AUCGUGAGCGUCGCUUCGCACGAGCGACCUCGGCGGACCCGUCGAUCAACGGUUUGCGGAGCUCUCUCCGAUGAUGUGGGGAGACGGUGGGUCUAAAAGUGAAGAAACAGCGGUGCGCACUGCGUGUUGCAUGCGAGCAUGGAAUUAGGGCCUGGCAUGUAGGCACUCGCUCAGGAAGGUCAGAGAGACUCAACGUCAACACGCGCGCACAACGCAAGACUCUCAUCAUCAUCACCAUCACUGAGGAGGGAAAAUAGUCAUCAUGGCGGAGAUGAUCAUAGCAGAGUACAAGACGUCCUCGGGAUAAGACUUAGACCGCGUUAAGAUAAGAUCUCCUGCUCGUUUGAACACGGAUUUACCCGGCAGCUAGAGGCAACAGACGGAAGACUACAAACCAUCGCGCCUGCUACCGAUUCAAGUGGUUCUUAACAUGUCUCCGCUCGAUGUGUGACGGAUGGCGCAUAAUAAGACGAAGUAUGCUGAAAACGUGCCUCGGCCAACGUGCGAGACCAGAAGACGAAAAGGUUGUCGUGUGAGUUUGCGGCUGAGCGGGAGGCUAUGGAUAGGGGACGCCAUGAAGUCUACGGUUUCCUGCUCCGAUGGCGCUUCUCGAGGAAUCGCGAGAGAUGUACAUGUGCAUGGGAUUAAAAGUUGAACACCGCGCUGUCAGCUGACCCAUUUACUGACUCGCCUGCCAACGGACUGCCACCAAGGCGCGAAGGUGCGCUUGCCAUUUUGAAAAUGUAAUUGCGUGCACGACGAAGAGUUAAGGUACUGCCCUUCGCAGAUGAUCCAGUCUUGAAGGAGUGUACAUGUAUUCCCUCCUCGGUUGCCAUUGUAAGUUCAAUAGUCUCCAGGAACCUUCUAUGAAACAGAGAAAAAAACGACUUCAACACUUCGGUCAGCUCGCCUUCGUUUCUCCCCGACUUUAAUUUAGCGGACCAGUCCUCCAGGGAAAUCACCAGGCGGGACCAUCCAACUACACUCGUAGCAUCGUAAAGCCUCACCGUAACAAUGCCGUAAAUGACGCCUCCAUGCACUGUUCAUGCAGCGAAAAGGAGCACGCGAAAGGUAAUGGGAUAUCUCGGAGAUGAGUGUCCUAGAAGUCGAACCUUUCGUUGAGGAAAGAGGUCGUGAAUCACUCGCGGCGACCUUAAGCAUAUAUGCUGGAAUAAAAAGAUUGAUUGUACUUCAAUUUUGUCACCCCGAAUCUACCAACAGAAAUGUGAAACACGCGGGACCAAACUACAUUGGCUUGCGAACAAUCUACCAGUCGAGCUCUGGUUCGAACAGAAGAAGUGGCUGACUAGAAGCAGAUUGGGCUCUUCUUCCCGGGAACAACAAACAAGGAAAAAAGCCGCCAUGUCCUUUACGCGGGAGAGGUCCAGCUCCCGGACGUCCAGCCUGCCAGACCCCAUGGCGAUUAUCAGUCAGCGCGCCAAGUCCAAGCGGGUGAUUGUCAAUGUUGGCGGUGUACGGCACGAGGUGAUGUGGCGCACUCUGAAUCGUCUGCCCCGCUCUCGCCUCGGCCGGCUACGCGACUGCACCACCCACGAGACCAUCAUGGCCAUCUGCGACGACUAUAUCCUGCUGGACAACGAGUACUUCUUCGACCGCCACCCGGCCUCCUUCAACUCCAUCCUCAACUUCUACCGGACGGGCAAGCUCCACCUGAUCGAGGGCAUGUGCCCCAUCUCCUUCGCCAACGACCUGCAGUAUUGGGGCAUUGACGAGCUCUACCUGGAGACGUGCUGCCAGCACAAGUACCACCAGAAGAAGGAGCAGCUCCGGGAGGAGGAGAAGCGGAUCGCCGAGAGCCUCCGGGAGACCUACCAGGAGAACUUCGGCACCGGAUGCUGGGCCAAACAGAGAAAGAACCUCUGGGAUCUCAUGGAGAAACCAAACUCCUCCAAAGCUGCCCGGGUCGUGGCAGUCCUGUCUAUACUGUUCAUCAUUUUGUCUACUAUCGCCUUGUCUCUGAACACGAUGGACUCAUUCAAGCCCAAGACGGAGGACCUCAGAAAGCGGGACGCGGAUAAUGAGUCGCUGGCCUUGGUGGAAAGCGUGUGCAUCGCGUGGUUCACGCUGGAGUACGUCCUGCGCCUCAUCUCCGCCCCCAACAAGUGGAAGUUCUUCAAGGGCGCCCUCAACAUCAUCGACCUCCUGGCCAUCUUGCCCUACUAUAUCACGCUGUUUCUCACCGAGUCCCGCGAGAGCGUCAUGCAGUUCCAGAACGUGCGCCGGGUGGUGCAGAUCUUCCGGAUCAUGCGCAUCAUGCGCAUCUUGAAGCUGGCCCGACACUCGACUGGCCUCCAGUCGCUCGGCUACACGAUGAAGCGCAGCUAUAAGGAACUGUUCUUGUUGAUUCUCUUCCUUGCCAUUGGAAUAUUGCUGUUUUCCAGUCUGGCUUACUUUGCCGAGAAAGAUGUGUCGAAAACCAAGUUUAAAAGCAUACCCGAGUCAUUCUGGUGGGCUGCCAUCACGAUGACCACCGUUGGGUACGGGGACAUUUACCCGACAACUUUGCUAGGCAGAGUCAUUGGAUCCGUUUGUUGUGUGUGCGGUGUGCUCUUUAUUGCUUUGCCGAUUCCUAUUAUAGUAAAUAACUUCUCUGAUUAUUACCGCGAGCAGGAGCGGCAGGAAAAGGCGAUGAAGCAGCGAGAGGCCUUGGAUAAGGCCAAAAUGAACGGUAGCCUGGUCAGCCUCAAUAUCAGAGAUGUCUGCCUUGAUAUGAUGGACGUCAUGGAUGACACUGCGCAUGUGCUGAAGGGCUCUUAUAAGGGCAGCGUGCACUCCCAUUCUAGCCCGCAUCGUAGCAUCAGUCGUGACGAGACCUGUAGCAACGCAUCCGUGGAUCUUGGAGCCAUUGGGAUGGAGCAGCAGUCGCAGCCCGUACGGGAACUGACCAAGGAUUCUCUACCUCAGCCCUACAGGUGUGGUGGCCUUGGUGAGCGACCCACCACGCCCAGAGAUCGCACCUGUAGCUCCACCACCUACACCGACCACGCCAACAAGCAGAGCUCUAGCAGCUUAGCCUCUGACGCCUUCCCGGACACCGGGCCGACGGAGCGACCUAAUGUUUACAGAGCCAUUGGUCGCAUGGGACUGAUUGUAGGCCACUCGGGGGUGGGGAUAAGCGGGCAAGACGUGGACGAGUGUCAGAAUUUCGGGAGUAGCGCGAGAAAGUCCAGGAAGGGCGAGGAGGUACCGCAUCAUUGUGAUGUGCCUUCCACCGGAUUGUUUGGAACGGGGGGAGAAAAAGCUGGUAGGAGAGGUGGAAAAGUACCAGCAAAGAGACGGAGUGCAUCAGGCAUCUCCGAUCUCGUAGUAGACCCAUCAUGUCCUUCAACCACGGACCAGCCAGCGGAGAGGGGAACUUUGUCACCAUUGCAGCACGGACCUGGUAGAUCGGUGUCGGAGUCCCCACCGCAGGACCAGAGGCGCUCGCGGGGCGGCACCUCACCAAACGACGCCGAAGACGCCAAUGAAACGCAGCCUUUGCUUGGCUCGUAUCACCCUGCUGCCGAGAGGGAAGGCACCCCGGCACCUGACGGCCGCGACAAGGAGCCCCUGCAAGCCGUUGGAACGUCCGCUGAAGAUCAGGUCAUCGUUCAAAAACUGGACGACGGCUUCACCACCACGUGGACCAAAGCUGGGGCUCAGAGUCCCCAGAGGGAGCAGAUAGCCCACUCAGUACCGCGGUCCAGGGAUAAACCCAUCAAACCAGUUCUCAAGAACCCGCCCAACUCCAGUGACGAGCGGCCCUUGGACCAUUCGUCCUUCAGCCGCAGGUCCAGCUCUGGGGACAGCCAGACCUCACCAGGCACCGUGUGUAAGCGUGUGACCAUCGAAGACGAUCGGCGGAGCGUGUCCUCGACGGACUCCGAGGCAAGAGCGGACGGCAUGCCCCAGCCUCGACUGUCCAAGAAAUCUGCCAGCAAGUGGAAACCCCGGAAAUUCAAGCAGAAACCGUCGGUGAUCCUCUCUGGAAUUGGAAACCUGACCAGCGGACUCCGCAUCGGACAUGGAAAGUCUGGCCAGAGAAGGACGGGUUCCGCACCGGAGUCGUCGGUUGACACGGACAGGCACUACAGUCGGACCAGUGACAGUGGCACAUCGGACAGUGGCACCACUCCACCCCCAAACUCUAAAAGUGCUAAGGGAAAGGGCAGAAGCAUUAAAUUGCGCCCUCUGGGGUUUCUGUCCCCACAGUCCCCCAAGCAACGUGCCGACGCCACAGCAGUGGCUCCAAGACCGAUAAAGGACGUUGAUGACAGUGACUCACAACCCCAGCAUUCGCCGUCUGUGCAAUUCAGUUUGCCCAGUCCUGGUAACUAUGGGGACACACCAACGCACAGGGGUCAAUCCGAGCACAACACCGAGAGCGAGCACUUCAUUUUUCCGCCUCUCAUCCAGACGUUGGCGCGAGACGCGGACCAGUCACCGUUGCCCGCCAGGAGCAGUCUUAGCCAAUCGCAGCCUUACACCGAGCAGCCCAGCCGUCACGGCCUCGACUCCAGCGCAAAGGAGAGCGUUCCGAUGGACGCCCAUGAUGUGCCGUCGGAUUCCAGCUCCGGCUCCUCAUCACGGAAAUCGCCGUUGGUGAUUGGGAACGGGGUGGACCCAGGUCUCGUCCAGUCACCAGGUAAUGACGACGCGUUGAGGGAUAUCACGCUAAUAACAGGUGCCGGUUCCAAGCCUACCAGCCCUGGCUCAAGCCCGAUAUCAAGUAACCACGUAAAACGUGGAACGUUCCAUUAAUCAUUUUCGUGCUUGAACGGAAACCGUUUUGCAGUAGAAUCAUCUGAUCGACUUACAAUAAUGAUUAUCCUUUGAGUCAAAAUACGAUUUCAUAUUAAAUUCGUCGAUAGCAAUGACCGUUUUACUCUUGGUACAUAACACAACCCGCACUUACAAUUCAGUGUCUAUGUAUAAAAGAAAUCCCCAUGUACAUCCUUGCUAAUUCUUCUGUCCACAUCUCGUUUUAAUGAACCCCUACCCAUCGUGUGAGCAUCCACCGUGUCAAAUCACUUCCUACAAUAAUGUAUUCGCCGUUUUACACAGCUUAAGAUAAUCACGUACGUAAGAAGGAACUAAUCCUCCCGUUGAAGUCUGUCAAAGUCGAAAUGCCAUGACCAUGAAGCAAUCUUCCUCAAUACAUGUGCGUCUUUUGCCUCAGUAUUCAAGGUGAGUAGAGUAAAUCUAUAGAAUCUUUGUACAAUUAAAUUAUGACUACGAUAUCGUCGUUUCCCAGAAAUUCUCCGUUUUUGGACACCCGCAAUAUUAACUCUUAUUUCUUGAGGUAUUGUUGGUUCCAAGGGACCAGUACCAAGGAUCUAUCAGAAUGAGGAAGACAAAUACGCUUCUUAUUAUCCUUUGUGAAUAAAAACAAAAAACACAAAAUAUGGAGGGCCUGGCGUUUCGACCCUUGCAGAAUCAGAAAUGUUAAUUAUCUGUGGACCUUUAUUUGCCGACACGAGGUAUUCAGUGUCAGUAAAAAUACUUGCACGACUACAUUGGAAUGCUUCCUUCGAGCGCCUGGCAGAAACAGUCAGCACCGGUAUGUUUUUCUCAAGGAACUCGGACGCACGCCACACAGCGUAGAGUUCUUGCAAGAGCAGUAGAACGGAAUAUUCCUCUUCCGGAAUAAGCCAUCGCUGCGGUGGUGCCAGGCUCUUGCGCGGGUGGUACUUGCCUUUCUAUAUGCCUCUUCGACUGGUUGUUUGUCGUGGCUUGCCAAAUGCCGGCGCGUCUCCGGUAAAGAACGAGUGCGUGUUAACUCUAUCUGCCUUGAGCAGUAGCCAGGGGAGUUACGACCUGGAGAGGGGUGGGUUGGGAUACAGCACCAUCCCAUAAUCAUUUCCAGUCGGCAAAUAGAGCUUCAGUUGGCAAAUCAAUUCAAAACUGGUACUUGAACGACAUACGUUGGUAUUUCUCCUGAAACAUGAAAUGUAGCGUACCACGGAUUUUCAUUUCACAGGUUGGCGAACAAGUUAUUAGUCGUUGAAUUGAACCUGGCACCCCACAGAAAAUGCCUUCGCCACGUCCCUAGCAGGAACACCCCCCCCCUUCAUAAACGAGGCACGUUGGUGGGGAGUGUUGUCUGUUUUGAAAGUGACGCGACUGCGACGCGUGCUCUCCAUAGUUGUUCGUGAAUCGGCGAAAUGCAGCCCGCCAAAAGGGCCCCCAUAUAGCCCAGAGCUGGGGAUAUUGCGCCCUCACUUGGUCCACAGCCUCAGGGUGCGUUUAACACUUGAGAUAUUGCCGGGGCUUAUUAUUGUGUCAUCCGUAGUCUGCUAUACAGAGAAAUUUCGAAUACCUUCGCUGGCGAAGUUUCUGUGUGUUUUGUGGUCGAGGCUGGCACGGUAUAGAAAUAUUGAUGACAUUCUUUUUUUUCUAUUCUUUAUGUUAAACCGGUCACCGUAUUGGUUUUGCCGGUCAGAAGAGAAGCUUUCAACCAUAGAUGUCUUUCAGUAGUUUUAGAUGAUGAAAUGGGACCGUACAUUUAAGUGCCAUCACUCCAUUUCAAUCAGUUCUAACGCGGUAUAAUGCAAAAGUCAAAUACUGGAAAAUAGAAACAAAUAAUACGUGCAUGCCUUUGCACUGACACACUAAGCAUGCAUAUGGACAGUGGUUUUGAAAGUAAUGUAAGCUUUUAAUCCAUAUAACAUUUCAAUCCACAUGUGAUUAACAUGUAGAUAGUAUCGUUUCUACUGAAUUGGAUGGACUGGCUUGAGUACUUUACCAUGCCAAAAAUCGCCCUCUAGUGGUGAAAUUGCAAUAAUAACUAUUUUGGUAAUAUAGUUUUGAGUGUUGGGCGGUGAGCUCAGUGGAGCGCAUGGUUAUUGCAUUGCUUCGGUGAAGCCUUUCGCUGGUUUACGCUCCUUUGCAUUCCUGUCUGGUGCAUGCACUGACGGUUUUUGCACUUCAGGCCGAUUGUCCCUGGUAUCCCCUGUACACCAGGGGCGUAAAGAGCGCCAGUUUACUCGCUGUAUACCAGCAGCUUUGUUACUCCAACUUGAAAUGUUUCGGGGUAAAAUUUCUCUCUCAACUUAGCCCAAGUGUUGCUGAAACGCCCGUGACACUUAAAUUCACGUGUUCCUUGUGUAAUGUCCACUUACCAUAUAUAACAUUGCAGAAACAUAUAUUAAUCAACGUUUUUCCUUAACACCCGACAUUUAAUCAAAUGAAAUUUCCCAAUCUUAUUUAAUCUCAGGUCAAGAUUUGAGUGUAAGUAACUAAUGGAUGCUUUAUAUGAUAUUAUCAUGAAAUGUUUUAAUACCUGUAAGAAAAUGUAAUACUUGUAAACUAUUAUCUACACCAUUCACAUUUAUAUGUAAUGUUAACGUAAUUUGUAUUUUUUCUUUUGCAACAUUAUAUAUGUAUCAAAAUAAAUGCAUAUAAAUGUAGGUAGAGUAAAUAAA